GGUGGAUAAUCUUCCAGUGCCCAUAAUUCGUUCUAGACCUGCUGACUCUAAUGAAGAUUCUACAAUGCCUAUGGAGAGGACUAAAAAUGUGAAUGAUAUACUUGAUUGGAUUUCCUCAGUUUUUGGGUUUCAGAAAGGAAAUGCAGCAAAUCAAAGGGAGCACCUUAUAUUAUUACUUGCCAACCUGAAUGUGCGAAAUAGGCCUGAAUCUAAUCAGCUCCAUGAAGAAACUGUACAAAAGUUGAUGGCUACAAUUUUCAAAAAUUAUGAAUCAUGGUGUAAUUAUGUGCGUUGUAAAUCCAAUCUUAGGUUUCCAGAUGAUCAUGACACACAACAGUUAGAGCUUAUUUACAUUGCACUUUAUCUUCUAAUAUGGGGAGAAGCUUCAAAUAUUCGCUUUAUGCCUGAAUGUCUUUGUUAUAUUUUCCAUCGUAUGUGUGAAGAUGUCUAUGGGAUUUUGUAUAACAAUGCCUUUCGUGUGAGUGGGGACACAUACCAAAUAGUAGCACGCGAUGAUGAAUAUUUUCUCAGGGAAAUCAUAACCCCUAUAUAUGAAGUUUUAUUGAAGGAAGCAAAGAGAAACAACAAAGGCAAGGCAAGUCAUUCCAAUUGGAGAAAUUAUGAUGAUCUUAAUGAAUACUUUUGGUCUGACAAAUGUUUUAAGCUAGAAUGGCCAAUCAAUCUCAACGCAGAUUUUUUUAGGCAUGAUGCGACACCAACAGCAAAUCAGGUUCCCAGCCAAGCCAGCGCUGCAGCUGGGAAGAGGAAGCCAAAAACAAAUUUUGUUGAAGUCCGUACAUUUUUGCAUCUGUAUAGGAGUUUUGAUCGAAUGUGGAUAUUCUUUAUAUUGGCUUUACAGGCAAUGAUUAUUAUUGCGUGGAGUUCCUUGGGACCUGUUGGAGUGUUUGAUGAAGAUGUCUUCAGAAAUGUUAUGAGUAUAUUCAUUACAUAUGCCAUUCUCAAUUUUCUUCAAGUGACUAUUGAUAUUAUUCUUACCUGCAAUGCAUUGAAGAAUAUGAAAUUCACUCAAUUGUUGCGGUAUUUUCUGAAAUUUGUGGCAGCAGCUGUUUGGGUUGUUGUUUUGCCAGUCUGUUAUUCUAGAUCCGUACAGAAUCCACCAGAGCUCAUAAAAUUUGUCACCAGUUGGGCUGGGGAUUGGGGGAACCAGUCACUUUAUACCUAUGUUGUUGUAUUAUAUUUAUUACCAAACAUAGUGGCUGCAUUACUAUUUUUCCUUCCACCUCUGCGGAGAACAUUGGAGCGCUCAAAUAUGCGAAUCAUUACCCUUCUGAUGUGGUGGGCUCAGCCAAAGUUGUAUGUAGGCAGGGGCAUGCAUGAGAAUAUGUUUUCUUUGCUGAAAUACACCCUCUUCUGGAUCAUGCUGAUAAUUAGCAAGCUAGCAUUCAGCUACUAUGUGGAGAUAUCUCCCCUUAUUGAACCCACAAAAUUAAUCAUGGGAAUGCCUAUAGAUAACUACCAGUGGUACGAGCUCUUUCCAGAAAACGAGACUCACAAUAUAUUAAUUGUCAUUGCAAUAUGGGCUCCAAUUGUCCUGGUGUAUUUUAUGGAUACUCAAAUAUGGUAUGCCAUUUAUGCCACUAUAUUUGGUGGGAUUAUUGGAGCCUUCAGCCAUUUGGGUGAGAUAAGGACACUUGGAAUGCUCCGCUCCAGAUUUCAAUCUGUACCAGUAGCUUUCAGUUUACGCUUUUGGACUGGAAGAGACAGAUAUAGUAAACAGGAGGACUUGGAUGAGUCAUAUGAACGGUGGAAUAUUGCAUACUUUUCUCAGGUUUGGAAUGAGUUUAUAAAUUCUAUGAGAGAGGAAGACCUCAUCAGUAACAGGGAUAGAGAUUUGCUUCUCGUCCCAUACAGUUCGAAUGAUAUUUCUGUCAUCCAGUGGCCUCCAUUCUUGCUUGCUAGUAAGAUUCCCAUAGCUGUUGACAUGGCAAAGGAUUUUAAGAAGGAGGAUGAUGCUGAGUUAUUUAAAAAGAUUAAGAAUGAUGGUUACAUGUAUUCAGCAGUUGUCGAAUGCUAUGAGACUCUCAAGGACAUCAUAGGGAACCUUCUGCUAGAUAGAGAAGAUCAGGAGAUUAUAAGCCUUAUAUGCGGUAAAGUAGAAUCUUGUAUAAGACAUGAAACAUUUGUCAAGAAUUUCAAGAUGAGUGGCUUGCCUUCACUUAGUGAGAAGUUGGAGAAAUUCUUAUCUCUAUUGCGAACUGACAAUGUCAAAGAUUCAUUGAAGCCCCAGAUAGUCAAUGUCCUGCAGGAUAUUGUAGAAAUUGUCAUACAGGAUGUUAUGGUUGAUGGCCAUGAAAUUCUGCAUCAAUCUCAGCAAUAUAUAGGAGAUAGAGGGCAGCAGAGAUUUGUUAACAUUGACAUUUCUUUUACGAAGAAUAAAUCUGUGAUGGAGAAGGUUGUUAGGCUUCAUUUGCUUUUAACAGUCAAGGAAUCAGCCAUAAAUGUGCCCCAAAAUCUGGAUGCCCGCCGCCGUAUCACAUUCUUUGCAAAUUCUUUGUUUAUGAAUAUGCCAAAGGCUCCCAAAGUUAGGGACAUGUUAUCCUUCAGUGUUCUAACACCGUAUUUCAAAGAAGAUGUUCUCUAUUCUACUCAAGAACUCAAUUUGGAAAAUGAAGAUGGAAUAUCAAUUUUAUUCUACCUAACAAAGAUAUAUCCUGAUGAAUGGGCUAAUUUCCAUGAACGCGUAAAAAGUGAGGAUCUUGAAGAAAAUAAGGAGGAGCUUAUUCGUCAGUGGGCAUCUUACAGAGGACAGACACUUUAUCGAACAGUGAGAGGAAUGAUGUACUAUUGGCAAGCUUUGAUUCUUCAGUGCUUCAUAGAAUCUGCUGGAGAUAAUGAUACUAUCUCUUACGACUACCGGACAGUGGAUUUCGAUGACGAUGAUAAGCUUCUACACGCAAAAGCUAUGGCUGAUUUGAAGUUCACCUAUGUUGUUUCUUGUCAACUGUAUGGUUCUCAUAAAAAGUCCAAAAAUAGUAAAGACAGAAGCUGCUACAAUAAUAUUCUCAAUCUGAUGUUAACACAUUCAGGCCUUCGUGUUGCUUACAUAGAUGAAAGCGAAGAGACAAGGGAUGGAAAAACUCAGAAAUUUUAUUACUCUGUUCUUGUCAAGGGAGGGGACAAGUAUGAUGAGGAAAUAUAUCGCAUCAAGCUUCCUGGUCCUCCAACAGAAAUUGGUGAAGGAAAACCUGAAAACCAAAAUCAUGCCAUUAUAUUUACUCGAGGUGAAGCCUUACAAACCAUAGACAUGAAUCAGGAUAAUUACUUUGAAGAAGCUUUCAAAAUGAGAAAUGUAUUAGAAGAAUUCCGCAAAGAUCGUAGGGGGCAACGGAAACCCACCAUAUUGGGUCUAAGGGAGCAUAUAUUUACCGGAAGUGUUUCAUCACUUGCUUGGUUUAUGUCAAACCAGGAGACCAGCUUUGUGACCAUUGGCCAACGAAUUUUGGCAAAUCCUUUAAGGGUUCGAUUUCAUUAUGGUCAUCCUGAUAUAUUUGACAGAAUCUUCCACAUAACAAGAGGUGGCAUAAGCAAAGCUUCAAAAGUUAUAAACUUAAGCGAGGAUAUAUUUGCAGGGUACAAUUCAACUCUACGUCAAGGAUUUAUCACACAUCAUGAGUACAUACAAGUAGGUAAGGGUCGUGAUGUGGGUAUGAAUCAGAUAUCACUCUUUGAGGCUAAGGUUUCAAAUGGAAAUGGAGAACAAACGCUUAGCCGUGAUGUUUAUCGACUUGGACGGCGAUUUGACUUCUACAGAAUGUUGUCAUUCUACUUCACAACAGUUGGUUUCUAUUUCAGUAGCAUGAUAACUGUGUUGACUGUCUAUGUGUUCUUAUAUGGACGUCUAUAUAUGGUAUUGAGUGGAGUUGAGAGAGAAAUUAUUUCAAAUCCAAACAUAAAGCAGAGCAAAGCCCUUGAACAGGCCUUGGCAUCCCAGUCUCUUGUUCAGUUGGGCUUACUGCUGGUGCUGCCCAUGGUAAUGGAAAUUGGCUUGGAGAAGGGAUUUCGCACCGCCUUGGGUGAUUUCAUCAUCAUGCAGCUGCAGCUAGCCUCUGUGUUCUUUACUUUCCAGCUUGGAACAAAAGCUCAUUAUUUUGGAAGAACAAUCUUACAUGGAGGCUCUAAAUAUAGACCAACUGGUCGCGGGUUUGUUGUCUUCCAUGCAAAGUUUGCUGAUAACUACAGGAUGUACUCGCGAAGCCACUUUGUGAAAGGCCUGGAGAUACUCAUACUAUUGAUUGUUUAUGAAGUCUAUGGGGAGUCAUAUCGCAGCUCGCAUCUUUAUCUAUUCAUCACAAUCUCAAUGUGGUUUUUGGCUGUUUCCUGGUUGUUUGCUCCUUUCUUGUUUAACCCUUCUGGCUUUGAUUGGCAAAAAACAGUUGAUGAUUGGACAGAUUGGAAGCGGUGGAUGGGAAAUCGUGGGGGUAUUGGUAUCCCAGCUGAUAAAAGCUGGGAAUCUUGGUGGGAUGAAGAAAAUGAACACCUGAAAUACUCGAAUAUCAGGGGGAAAAUUCUUGAGAUAGUUCUUGCAUUUCGCUUCUUUAUAUAUCAAUAUGGAAUUGUCUACCACAUGGAUAUAGCUCAUCAUGUCAAAAGCUUGCUGGUAUAUGCACUUUCUUGGGCAGUUUUGGUAAUUAUCCUCGUUGUGUUGAAGAUGGUAUCCAUGGGUAGACGAAGAUUCGGCACCGACUUUCAGCUCAUGUUUCGAAUUCUCAAGGCACUUCUCUUUCUUGGUUUCAUGUCAGUCAUGACUGUGCUAUUUGUGGUUUGUGGUCUUACCGUAUCAGAUUUGUUUGCUGCUAUUGUUGCCUUCAUGCCCUCUGGAUGGGCCCUUAUUCUGAUUGCACAAGCAUGCAGGGGGUGCUUGAAGGGAGCUAGAUUAUGGGAUUCAGUGAAAGAGCUUUCAAGAGCAUAUGAAUACGUAAUGGGAUUAAUAAUCUUCAUGCCAGUAGCUGUUUUAUCAUGGUUCCCAUUUGUGUCAGAGUUCCAAACCCGGUUGUUAUUCAAUCAAGCAUUUAGUAGGGGGCUCCAGAUUUCAAUGAUUCUUGCUGGAAAGAAAGACACUUAUAAAUCUGAAUGACACAUUAUUAUUAUUAAAUUGCCUAGGAAUUGGGAGUUUUCUGUUUGAAGAGAAAUUAACCUCCUAGAUAUCAGAAAAUUUUGGGAGCUCUGAUGAUUCCCUUAUCCUUUUCAAACUAAAUUGUACUAACUUUUUUUUUUUUGGUAACAAAUUGUACUAACUUUAUACUGUAUAUGUACGAGUUAAGUGAUCAGCUUUAUUUAUUCAUCUUUAACAUAGGAAAGGGAUU